UAUAAAAAAAUUUAAUUUAAAGAUUUAUGUCUAUGUAUAACUUCUAGAAAAUUUGGGGGCCAAUGCCAAAAUUUUAUUGGAAUGUGCCCAGAUGUGGUCGUGUGGAAACGUUGGAGUAGAACUCACUCUUAAAGGUCAGAUUGUGAAGGAAAAAAAGGUUAAGAAAACAAAUGUGUCGUUUAGAGUUAUAAACCAUUAAUGUUCUUUCUCUCUUCAUUUUGAGUGUGGGAUCUUAUCAUUUUGACGUCUUCAUGGAGAAAAAAGAAAGCUGGAUGUGACGAACCAUACAAAUGAGGUAUGUCCUCUACACGUCUAAAGAAGAAUGCUGCGUUAAGGCAACUACUAAAGGGGUAAGAUCAAGAACCUUUCUAAAGAAAAAUCAGGGUAUUAUUUUUAGUAAUGUGUUUCUUUCUUAAAUCAAACACUAAGCAAAUACUUGUUUGAAUAUUUAAUCUCGUUAAGAAUCGAAUAAAAUUUUCAAAACUAUGAAUAAUUCCUGAUUUGUAUGCAUCCUUUACGUUACCUUCUCCUAGUUGUAGUUUUACCACAUGUAUAUUGGUGGUGAAAUAUAGUUUAAGAAAUCACGAUAUAUAUAGGAAAAAGUCAGAGAUGAGAUGAGAUUUUGAUCUCCAAACUCUUUGCUUCCACGUUCUCAAUCUCGAAAUCGUUGACAAUUUUUUUUAUAAUGAUCCACAAAAUGUAAUUACGUGCCUAAGCAUAAUCUAUGGUUAAGUUGAUAAACUAAGUGUCUAAUUAUAUUAUAAUAUAUAUUUUAUUUAAAAAUAAUGUGCCAACACUCUGUCCUGAUGAAUUCCUGAUCAUGGCAACUGAUCGAGUUAUUCUCAUAGACAAGUAGUAUUAUUAUCAAUUUAUCAUAUCAUUGAGGUCUGUGAAAAAUUGAAAAUGGUAUGUUGAAAAUUUCAAAAGAUUUGUUCUUUAAUUAGGAAAUUUUAUUGCACAGUUCAUGCAAUGCAUAUUGCAACGUAAGCAGCCAGCUGCUCCUUAAGGAAUAUCUGGUAUCUUUUUAGGAUAUUAAUUUUCCAUCUGUUAAAAUAAUAAUUAAUAAUUAUGUAUUCUGCAUUUAUACUUAGUCAUUUCGAUAUACAAUAUAAUGUAAAUUUUGAAUAUCAGAUUGUUAUAUACAACGCCCCUUAUUAUCAAAAGGCUGUAACAUCUACUAGUAUAUGGUUGGGGGCAGAUAAUAAGAUUCUACAAGAAAUAUACUAGUAGACAUCUUUCUAUACCGUAAUUAGUUACGAGACUGCUGAAUAGACGUGUUUUCAUAUGUACUAAAACAAAGAUGAGACAAUAAUUGAGCUAACCCUAACCAAUAUAAUCAUUAUCUCUCAUCUUGGAAAUCUAGUUAAUAAUGUUCUUAAAAAUCGAGUAUUACUCCCUUUAUUUCACAAAGAAAAGCAUUUUGGUACUAGUUUUUUUAAUAGUUAAAACUUUUUUUCCACUUCAAAUAAUUAUAAUUAGUUUUAUUUAUCCAGUAGUCAUUGUGAUACUGCUGAAUACAUAUAAAUUUUAUUUGACGUUAAAAUUAUACUGAAAUUUAAAAUAAAAUAAAAUAUUUUACUGAUCAGAAAUGUCAAGGUGAGACUUUUUGUAAAACAUAGGAAGUAUUAUUUUGUUUAUGAUUUUUAUUUCUUGAAUAACAUCUUUGGUUAGGUCAUCAGCACAUAGAUUUGUCUUUUAUUUUGUUAAAUCAUCAGCACAUAGAUUUGUCUUCCCUAGAUAGAAGCUAAAUCAAGUUUCCUACAAUUCGUUUCUUUGUAGUGACUAGUCUAAACCACACUAGUCAUGGGAUUAACAUCCACAUCAUUUGACUUUUUGCAAUUCCAUUUAGUUUAAUAAUUUCAUACUUUUCUGUUAUUUUUUUAAAAACCACACGUACCCUUCUCUAAAUGUCAACUCCAAAAAAGUUUAUUUAAUUUAAAUAGUGGAAAUUUUACCCAACAAAGUAAUGUAAAAUACAACAACAAACAUUAUGAUUGUCGUUUACAGGUUUUACUAAUUCCAAUAAACAUAAUACCAACAGAAUAAACCUCUACAAAAGUCAACUCUUUUCAUCCUCUUCGCAUUAAUUUUGCCUCCACAACAUAAAUACUCAAAACGCUAUUCAUAAUGUCUCCAUAACUUUCCUCCUCCAACAUGCGACACAACACGCUUCGGCUUCACUAAACGGUGCCGUUUUCUACCCAGUUCACCUCAUCCUUCGACAAAUGGGGAAUGGAGUCAGUGGCUGUUGCACGGUAACCACCUCCGGAGAUAUUUCCAAGCGAUACGACGGCGUACCGGUCCACGACAACCUAGGUCACUCCUUCUGCUAUGUCGGGCCGGUUCUCAACGUAUCAAGAUCUUCCUUCCAACAAGAACCGUCCCUCCGACUAGACUCCAUCGCCGGAGCCACCACCACAACCUUCUCAAUCUCCGGCGCUUCCGUUAGCGCCAAUACUUCAACGGCGCUCUCUGCCGGCUCCCCGUCAACAGACGCGUCGUUACAGGCCUCAGGGUUCGAAAGCUCUAACAGAUUCGCUUCCUUGCCGCUCAAGCCCGUCCCGCGUAGUCCGAGUAAGAAGCCGGGUCACGAGUCGGGUGUGUUCGAGCGGCGGUUUUUAUCUGGUCCGAACGAAAGCGGUUUGGUUUCAGGUCCGGUCGGGAAUAACAAGAAGAAGAAACCAAAGAAGAUCAAAUCAUUCACGAAACCUAAACCGAACAAUAAGUUUCUCACAUUCAAGACCAUUGUAUCCAAUAUCAUCUCUUCUUGCUCUAAGAAGAGCGUGGUUGAGCCAAUCGACGGUUCCUAUUCAUCUCACGAAUCUUUAGAUUCCGAUGAGACCAACACAACUCUGAGAAGCCAAGAAAGCCCUCGAACAACCAAAGAACAAGAAGACUCGGAAGAAGAAGAAGAAGAGAAGUCUGAUCAGUCUUCUUUGGAGGAGGAGCCAAAGAUACAAUGGGCGCAAGGGAAAGCUGGGGAAGAUCGAGUACACGUCAUCCUCUCUGAGGACAAUGGUUGGCUUUUCGUCGGGAUUUAUGAUGGAUUCAGCGGUCCAGAUCCGCCGGAUUAUCUUCUCAACAAUCUCUACACCGCCGUGCUUAAAGAGCUCAAAGGCUUGCUGUGGAACGACAAGUUAGAAGCCGAGGAUCUUGAAUCAUAUAUCGAAAACGGUGAGUCUCAGAUCAAGAAACAUAGUACACUCGAACAAGAUUCUGUUUCGAGCCAUAUAAUGAAAGGAGAUUAUGUUGCUUGUGACUCAAGAAACAUGAAAGAAGACUCUGUUGCUUGUGAUUCAAGAAAUAUGAAAGAAGACUCCGUUGCUUGUGAUUCAAGCAACAUAACAGAGGAUGUAACGAAGUUGCAAUGGAGGUGCGAGUGGGAGCAUAACUCAAUAAACAAGAACUCUACGCAUCAGAAUCGCAAGGGAACCGAUUUGGAGAUGGUUAACCACAAAGACGUUCUGAGAGCUCUUCAACAAGCGUUGAAGAAAACCGAGGAAGCGUUUGAUCUAACGGUGGAUGAGAAUCCAGAACUAGCACUGAUGGGAUCGUGUGUUCUUGUGACACUGAUGAAAGGAGAAGACGUUUACGUGAUGAGCGUCGGAGAUAGCCGAGCGGUUUUGGCUAGAAGACCUGAUCUAAGGCAGAGGAAGAAGAUGCAAAACGAGCUUGAGAGAAUCAAAGAAGAGAGUCCAUUGGAGACAUUCUUAGUCCGAGACAAAGGAUUGAAUCUUCUUGUUCCUGUUCAACUCAAUAUGGAACACAGCACAAACAAUAAAGAGGAAGUGAGAAGAAUCAAGAUGGAACAUCCUGAUGAUCCGUUGGCGAUAGAGAAAGAUAGAGUGAAAGGAUAUCUCAAGGUCACACGUGCUUUUGGCGCUGGGUUUCUUAAGCAACCAAAAUGGAACGAGACGCUUCUAGAGAUGUUCAGAAUAAACUACGUUGGAACAUCGCCAUACAUCACGUGCUCUCCGUCCCUACACCACCACAGACUCACGUCACGUGACAAAUUCCUCAUCCUCUCCUCAGAUGGAUUGUAUGAAUACUUUUCAAAUGAGGAAGCCAUCUUUGAGGUCGACUCUUUCAUCUCGGCCUUCCCUGAAGGUGAUCCUGCUCAGCAUCUCAUCCAAGAAGUCCUCCUUAGAGCUGCUAAAAAAUAUGGUAUGGACUUCCAUGAGUUGCUGGAGAUACCGCAAGGAGAUCGCCGCAAGUAUCAUGAUGAUGUUUCGGUGAUUGUAAUUUCACUCGAAGGAAGAAUUUGGAGAUCUUCCAUGUGAAUAUCAUUAAAAUCUUCUUUAACAAACAAAAAUAUAUAUUUAAAAACUUGUCAAGAGACAGACUCACUGAACUUAGAUUUUUUGUUCUCCAGUGAGUUUUUGUUAUC